UGAGUCUGAAAAGACAUGGAUAUAAACUGCAGUUUCGCUGGUGGUAGAAACCCCUACUACAGACACUUUUUUGUUUUAGUUUAUGAUAGGAUAUAUGAGAAAGACAAGAUAGUUUAAGUUGUUUUCUUCCACAUUUCAGCUAACGCUUGUAAUUAAGUUUGCUAAUGGCACGAUUACAGAAGAAAGGGAUUGGUACCGUUACCGGAUUAUAGAUGAGAAUGACAACGCUCCAGUGUUUGGGCAAAUAAACCCUGGUGAAGUUGAUGAGCUCAGUCCUGCAGAAAUGUGGUCAGUACAAUCUGACUGUAAGAGGCCAAGACCUAAAAGGUUUUCCAGAAGGAAACACUGGAACAGGCAAUGUUACUAUAAACAUCCGUGAUGUGAACAACAACCUCCCCACACUGGAAAAAGAGCAGUAUGAAGGAAGCAUUGAGGAGAACAUACAAGGUGUGGAGGUGAUGAGGAUCCAAGCAGAGGACCUAGAUCUGAAGGCCACAGACAACUGGGAAGCUGUCUUUAAUAUUGUCAGAGGCAAUGAAGGCGGGUAUUUCAGCAUUAAAACAGACCCCAACACCAACGAGGGCAUCUUAAUGCUUGAUGAGCCUGUGGAUUAUGAGAAUGUGAAGAACUUUGUAUUGGGGUUAACUGUAAGGAACAAGGCCCCACCUUUUUCUGGAGGAUCAUCAUGGCAAUGGGGGGGAGAAUAUAAAAUCUAUCCCAUCAAAAUCAAUGUAAAGAAUCAGCCCGAGGGGCCACAUUUUGAUCCCAAAGUCAAAGCUAUAGCCAUCUUCAAAAAAGACAACUCCUUCAACAUUACAGAUGUUGUUGCUAGCAAUCCUGCAAUAGAUCAAGAUACUGGAGAACUGGCUGAGAAUGUCAGGUAUGCCAAAGGCUCAGACCCAGAUAACUGGUUGACUAUUGACCCAGAGACAGCUGAGAUCAAACUCAACAGGAUACCUGACAGGGAGUCUCCAUACCUGGUCAAUGGGACAUAUUUUGCUAAAAUACUCUGCAUUACAAAAGACACACCUGCUAAAACAGCUACUGGUACCAUAGCCAUCCGGUUGGACAAUUUUAAUGACCACUGCCCUAUCGUGACCAGUGACAUCAAGACUAUGUGCACCACUGAGAAUUCUGUUAUUGUGAAUGCUAACAAUGAGGAUGCAUAUCCUAAUGGACCUCCUUUUAAGUUUGAGAUUAUCCCAGAAAAUACUAAAGGAAAAUGGCACAUGGAGAAUCUAAAUGAUACUGCAGCUAUCUUGCAGGCUCAGGACUCCAUGUGGCCGGGUAUCUAUGAGGUGGAACUGGUGAUUAAAGAUCAGCAGGGAAAGGCCUGCCCAGAACCACAGAGAGUCUGGGUUCGAGUAUGCACGUGUGAGGAUGGAGUCGUGUGUGGAAAAUGGGAUGGCAAUAAUCAGCCAGUCAAAAGAGUGCAAUUAGGACCUGCAAGUAUUGGGAUAAUGGUGGUGCUGCCACUGCUGUGUUUUUUUCUGUUUCUGAUCUUCUGCCACUAUAAAAAAGCACUGAGAGAUUUGUCCCCUGCAAAUAUGGUCAGGUUUAAAAAUCCUUCAGCAACAGCCCCAGAAUACACCACCCUUGCUGUGGCUACAGAAAGUCUGAAUUCUGGGACAGUAUUACACUCAGGUGAUUGGCAAAGGCUCAACUGA